CCUCAUCGAACAAACAUUCCGUACAGCUUUCGUACAGCAAAACCAUAUCUCUAAGCUUAACCUGUGGGGUAGAGUUCAGGAUGCAUAUCUUGCCGAGAGAAUAUGAGAAGCUGCUCUUGCACCAGGCCGGCUUUCUAGCCCAAAAGCGUCUAGCUAGAGGCUUACAGCUCAAUAUCAACGAAGCCAUCGCCUUGAUUGCCUCUCAACUGCAGGAACGUAUACGUGAUGGACAGCAUUCUGUGGCUGAGUUGAUGCAGCACGGGAAAACCUUAUUGGGGAGGACCCAUGUCUUACCUAGCGUUCCACCCCGCCUACACGAGAUACAGGUAGAAGGAACGUUCCCAGAUGGUGUAUUCCUAGUAACUGUGCAUGAUCCCAUCUGCACGGAUCAUGGCAACCUAGAUGCAGCGCUCUAUGGAUCGUUCCUCCCUGUACCUUCACAGGACAAAUUCCCAGCCACGGAGACUACAAUUAUCUCCCGUGAAAACCUUCCAGGAGCUAUCAUCGCCAAAAAAGAGAGGAUUGUUAUCAAUCAAGGACGCGAACGCAUCAAGUUGAAGGUGACCAACCACGGCGAUCGCCCUAUUCAGGUCGGAUCCCAUUACCAUUUCACCGAAACUAAUGGCGCGUUGGAAUUCGAUCGUGUCAAAGCUAACGGAAUGUUUCUUGAUAUCCCCGCUGGGACUGCUGUUCGCUUCGAGCCUGGCGAUUCCAAGACCGUCUUACUAUGUGCUAUUGCGGGCAAAAAAGCCGUAACCGGUGGCAACUUAAUUUUCACUCGCCUGAAGGAUACUCUAAAGAAGGAUAGCCAUAUUGAUAAGUGUUUACUACUAGGGAGUUUCAGACACUGUCCAGACCCCGGUGCGCUCGAGGUACACGAGGACACCACUAUCGGCCGCGAGGAGUACAUUUCUAUGUAUGGCCCCACGGUCGGUGACCGUAUUAGGCUUGGUGAUACUAGUUUAUGGGUCGAAAUUGAGAGCGAUGCGGCCUAUUAUGGUGAUGAAGUCAAAUUCGGCGGAGGCAAGUGUACACGAGAGGGCAUGGGCCAGAUAACCAGUCGCGGGUACCUCGAGGGUAACCUAGACCUCGUCAUUACCAAUGCAGUUAUAAUUGACUGGACCGGGAUAUACAAGGCAGACAUCGGAGUAAAGGCGGGCAAGAUCGUGGGCAUAGGUAAAGCCGGAAACCCCGACGUCAUGACCAGUGUCACCGACAACAUGCGCAUCGGCUCCUCAACGGAGGUCAUUGCCGGCGAGAAGCUCAUCGUGACUGCGGGCACUAUCGAUGCACAUGUACAUUAUAUUUGUCCGCAACAAGUCACCGAAGCGCUCGCAUCGGGUACGACGACGAUGAUUGGGGGUGGGACAGGUCCGAGCGCAGGGACAAAUGCUACGACAUGCACACCGAGUCCAUUCUACUUAAAGACGAUGCUUGCGGCCACAGAUGGGCUCCCGAUGAACUUCUUGUUUACCGGGAAGGGGAAUGACACGGGAAGGCAUGCAUUGGAGGAUAUCGUUCGCGCAGGUGCAGGGGGCCUGAAAAUACACGAGGACUGGGGUUCUACUCCAGCUGUGAUCGCGAACGCCUUGGAUGUUGGUGAUGAGUUUGAUGUUCAGGUCAACAUCCAUACGGAUACUCUCAAUGAGAGCGGAUUUGUGGAGAGUACGAUCAAGGCAUUUGGCGGUCGCACUAUACAUACGUAUCACACGGAAGGCGCCGGUGGCGGUCACGCUCCAGAUAUCAUCGUUGUUUGCGGUUUGGAAAAUGUCCUUCCCUCGUCCACCAACCCUACGCGACCUUAUGCUAGGAACACCCUAGACGAACACCUUGACAUGCUGAUGGUUUGUCACCACCUUGACAAAUCAAUUCCCGAGGACGUAGCAUUCGCAGAGUCUCGCAUCCGAGCAGAGACGGUAGCAGCAGAAGACGUUCUGCACGAUAUCGGUGCGAUAUCCAUGAUCAGCUCUGAUUCUCAGGCUAUGGGGCGUGUCGGAGAAGUUGCCUCCAGGACAUGGCGUACUGCGAGCAAGCUCAGGGACUUCAAAGGUCCACUGAUCGAGCUAAAUGAUACAAGCGAAAAAGAUAAUGGACGUGUCAAGAGAUAUAUAGCAAAGUAUACAAUUAACCCCGCGAUCACGCACGGUAUCGGUCACGUCGUCGGCUCAGUAGAGGUGGGAAAGCUCGCCGACCUUGUCCUUUGGAAGCCCGAAAACUUUGGCGCCAAACCUGAAAUGGUGUUGAAAUCAGGAGUGAUUGUUUGGGCUGAGAUGGGCGAGGCAAACGCUUCAAUUCCGACCGUACAGCCAACUUAUGGCAGACCAAUGUGGGGUUCCUUCCCCUCUGCAGCGGCGCUCAACUCGGUCGCGUUCGUCUCCCGAAUCUCCAUCGCGACUGGUACUAUCGCUUCAUACGGACUCUCUAAGCAAGCAGAGGCUGUUAUCAACUGUAGGAAUGUGACCAAGAGAGAUAUGAAGUGGAAUGAUGCGAUGCCGAAGAUGUCUGUUGAUCCAGAAAGCUAUGAGGUGAGGGCGGAUGGCGUGUUGGCUGAUAUUGAGCCUGCGAGCAGUUUACCACUUGGGAAGGAGUACAACUUUUUCUGACGGCGGAAAACAAAAUAAGGAAAAUG